AGCAUUUAGAGCCACUUCAGUUAACAGGUGCUUGCAGAAAGGGUACAAUGGCCAGAUCAGACAAAGUUAACGUUGUUGUUAUUGGAGCAGGACUAAGUGGACUGGCUGCAGCACUUGAACUACAUAAACGAGGAAUUGAGGUGACAGUUCUGGAAGCUUUAGAUAGAGUUGGUGGCCGAACAUUCACGCUCACCCCUUCUACAGAACAUGAAGGGAGUGACAAGGACUAUGGGUGGGCUGAUCUUGGAGCAUCAUUUGUUGGCCCAACACAAACACAUAUCAUGAAACUGAUCAAAGAACUUGGAUGUGAGCUAAUACCAUGUCUUGAUGCACUAGACAGAGUGCAUUAUAGCAAGGGCCGGCACUGCCAAUAUAACGGACCAUGGCCCACAUUCUGGAAGAGUAAUCCCUUGGCGGCAUGGGAUGUAGUUCGAAUGGUGCGCCGUAUGGACAAAAUGUGUCGCCAAGUACCAACAGACAAACCUUGGAAUGCUCCUCUUGCACAAGAGUGGGAUGCAAUAACUGUACGUGAAUAUCUUCGCAAGCACUGCUGGACAAGAGAUGCAGUUGAAUUCCUUGAAUCAAUAUGUCAGUUUAACAACACAGCUGAUGCCCAUGAGAUCUCCUUGUUGUAUUAUUUGUGGUACAUGCACCAAGGAAAGGGCAUGGACAGCCUGUGGAGCAUUAAAGAUGGUGCUCAGGAGAACAGGAUCCAGGGUGGCACUCAACAAAUUAGCAUUAAGCUAGCACAGAAGCUAGAAGGUUGCAUACACCUGAACUGCCCAGUUGUAAAAGUUGAGUACCAUGGAAACACUGUCAAAGUACAGACCUUAAAGGGCAAGGAAUUUGUCGGUUCCUAUGUGAUACUUGCCACACCACCAUCAGUGCAGAUGAAGAUUCACUUUGAUCCACCACUGCCACCAUUAAGAAAUGGGCUAUUGCAGAGGAUUCCAAUGGGAUUGGUGAUGAAGUGUUUAGUUUUCUAUGAAAAACAGUUCUGGAUUAACCAAGGUUACAGUGGCUUUGUAACUUGUGGAGAUGGCAUUGAAAUAGUAAGCCAUGUCCUGGAAGAUAUUAAACCUGGAGCUACUCUGUGUGGCCUUAUUUGCUUCGUAUAUGGCGACCAAGCCAUAAAACUGUCUAAAAUGAGUUUAGAAGGAAGGAAGACUGCUGUCUGUUUGUCUUUGGCAAAGUUUUACAAAUCUGAGGAAGCUCUGAUACCUGCACAUUAUGUAGAUAAAAUGUGGAGUGAGGAACAGUACAUUGGAGGCUGCUACACUUGCUACUUUCCACCUGGUUCACUGACCCGCUAUGGCCCUGCACUUAGAGAACCAAUUGGUUCCCGCAUUUUUCUUGCUGGGACAGAAACAGCCCUUGAAUGGACUGGUUACAUGAGUGGAGCAGUGGAAGCUGGAGAGCGUGCUGCUUCGCAGAUCCUAGCUGCUGAGGGACUCAUAUCCAGUAACAAAGUGCAACAGACAAAGGCUCCACAAAACACUGAAGUACAGGUGCCACGGUUCAGACUUAGUGAUUUGUGGAUCGAUCAGCUCCAGCCCAGCCUUGGAAGAUUUGCAGCUGUUGCUACUGCUACAGUUGCACUUGUGACCUCAUUAUUUGCAUUCCAGACAGAAGCUGUCAUCUAAAACAACUGCCUCUGAACCGAGUUACUAGAAAAUAUACUAAAACAACACAGGAGUAUUGAACAUCAGGAGUCACCAGGAAGAUGGCUACUCAUCUCAUUAAAACACUCUCUAAGCAAAGAUUCUAUGUAACAUCUUGCUAUGUAAUGUGAUCUUAUUACAAACUUUGUACUAGUUAACUGACUUUAAAUGCUCUCUGAGAUUUUUCUCAGCUUAUGAGUAAGCCUAUUGUAUUCUCUUUUGAAAAGAGAUUUAUGUCUACAAAGAAUUUAUUAAUAUUUUUGUAUUUGUUUAUAUGAAAAAUCUGAUUAAAGAAACUGUUGUUUUAGUAA